AUGAUGUGGGCCUUAUCUCCUUUCAGUAGUAUCAUUUCUACUUGGAAGGAAAAUUCUGUCAUGGAAUUCUUUGACCAUGCCAGCUGGGUACUUGUACAAGAGGAGCUUGAUCUGUUUGCUUUUAUUAUGUGGAGAAUUUGGCAUGAUAGAAAUAAAUGGGUCUUUGAGAAUAAAAGAUUUGAUGCGCUCUAUUCGUACAAACUGGCAAAGAGUAGUCAUGAUGAGUCUAGAGCAGUGAUGAUAUCCACGGGUAGGGGAGCAACAGAGAAACAAAAACGCUGGAAACCUCCUUCACAAGGCUUUGUUAAGGUGAAUACUGAUGGUGCAUUUGUACCCAAUAACAGAGUUGGUGGUGCCGGGGUUGUUAUUAGAAACAACAGAGGGGAAAUCGCGGUGGCAAGAACCAUUCCUCUCUUUGGUGUCACUACUCCUAGACAUGCAGAGAUUUUGGCAAUCUCAUGUGGGUUACAAUUGGCGUUGGAGCAAGGGUAUAAUGCUUUGGAACUUGAAUCGGAUGCUCAGGCAAUAAUACAAGCAAUUCAAAUAGAUGAGGAGAACCUUGCAAUUGACGGGCACCUGGUGGAAGUGAUCAAACUAUUGAUGCGGCAUUUUAGUACAAUCUUUUGUGGCUAUAUCCCAAGGGAAUGUAAUAGAGUUGCCCAUGAACUUGCAAGUUAUGCUAUUAGGCAGCGUAACACUUGUACUUGGUCUGAUCAAUUGCCAUUAUGGCUGCUGGAAUGUACCCAGGCUGAUAUAAGGGCCUAG